UGGAUCAUGGGCUUUACUGUGUGGCUGUGUUUGCUCUGCCUGCAGGCGAGCCUGCUGUCUCAUGCGCUUGACUGCUCGGGAGGAAGCCCGGCCGACUUGUGCGUCAACACCCAGACGACGGACGAGCAGACGGGUGAUCGGGGCCUGCAACGGCCAAUGCCUUCAAAUGAAGAACAGGUCCUGCUCAGGCGGAAGAGACAGUUGGAGAAGAGAGGCCACGCCUACCCGGUUCACUCUAACCUUCCUGGAGUAAUCUCUGCGAAAGGCUUUCCAAACAGUCUUAUCCAGGCUGACAGGUCCAGGCGACACUUGGCUCAAGCAGCGAAUAAGAAGAAGAACAAGCGUAAAUCCCGUGUCGGCUCCUUUUCCCUCCUUAGCAACGAUAAGAAAUCCAACCCCCUACAGGUGAUCAGAGCAAGAAGACAGGUGACGAACGAGCAGCCCAAAUACGGCAAUUCCGGUCGGUCCGAGGCUUUCUCUGUCCUGGGAGAUCCACAGAAUGACAGACACAAUGGAAGACCCAAGAGAAGCAUAUAGAAGACAAUAACAGCAGAGUGCAAUGUUAUUAUUAUGGUUAAGUCGACAUACACAAGAAGAGAUGUGUCUAGACCUUAGAAGGAAAACAGACAAACGCACAAGCAGUUUAUUGGUUUGUGUGUGUCUAACAUUACUGUUUCAGCUGUAAGAUAGUCGAUUGAUCAGUUAGCAAUUAUAUGCUAAGGUUCUAAUAUGUAAUGCCUGCAUGUUAUGAAAAAUUAGCAAAAGAUACAUAAGGCAUUCUCGUCCAUUAUUGUAUUUUAUCAGAUAGUGAGGGUUAUAUUUUUGCAGAAAUGUUUUGUUGUGUUAUUAUAUGAGAU